GGGGAGAAGAAAAGCCAUUUAUUUAUUCCUGAAAAGAAAGGAGGUAGGAAAUUGAAAAGCUAAUACACAGCUAGACUCAUUUAUUUUAAAGAGAAGGAUGCUUUGGAAGACUUUGCUGCUGCUGCUGUUCUAUUACAGUGUUCAUGCCACUGUGACCCACAGAUGGAGUAGAGCUAUGCUUUUCCCAGCUGCUCAACGAGUCAAGAGGUCCUCAGCUGCCUUCCUGAACCCAGUGCUACAAAACUCGCUGGAAGAUGUCGUCCUGCUUUAUGAGUUUCUUUUAGCUGAGCUUGAUAUUGACAAAGGUCAGAGGAUCUCCAUCAAAGAUGAGGAGCUUGCUUCACUGAGGAAGGCUGCUGAGUUUGACAUCGUCUGCAACGAGAUUAUCCCCAAGAGCAUCACAGAGAUCCGCAGGCUAAGUAGCAGGCUGGCUUCCUACCCACGGAUGCUCAAGAAAGAAGACUUUGAAAGGACAGUGCUUACCAUGGUCUACACAGCCUACAGAGCUGCUCAGACCCAGGGGCACCAGAAAGACUCUUGGGCUGAAUCCUUUGUCAGUCUCUACAAAGCCCUGAAGCACGACUUGAUGUUCCCAUACAACAAAGAGCCAUCAUAGUGGGAGACCUGAUCCAGCUGCAACUCAGCCACCUCUUCUAGUUGAUAAGGGACACGUAUAGCUCAUCCACCACUU